CCCUUCUCCCCUCUAGACCCCUCCUUCACUCCCCUCUGCCAGGCCAGCUGCCUCCAGGUGGACUCCCUCUUGACCCCCGCUCCCCCCCAGGUGCUGUCUGGUUGCGGAGUCUACGAUGGGACUGAGCUCCACGAGGCCUCAGCGGUGCUGGUUCACCUGAGUCGUGGCGGGGCCGAGGUCCAGAUCUUUGCUCCUGACAUCCCUCAGAUGCACGUGGUUGACCACACCAAGGGGCAGCCUUCUGAGAGUGAAACGAGGAAUGUCCUGACAGAGUCCGCCAGGAUCGCCCGCGGCAAGAUCACGGACCUGGCCAAGCUCAGUGCAGACAAUCACGACGCUGCCAUCUUCCCUGGAGGCUUUGGAGCCGCCAAAAACCUGAGCACGUUUGCCGUGGAUGGGAAAGACUGCAAAGUCCAUGAGGACGUGGAGCGAGUCCUGAAGGAGUUCCACAAGGCCGGCAAGCCCAUCGGUUUGUGCUGCAUCGCUCCUGUCCUCGCGGCCAAAGUGCUCCACGGCGUCGAGGUUACCGUGGGCCACGAACAGGAAGAAGGUGGCAAGUGGCCCUACGCGGGGACCGUGGAAGCCAUCAAAGCCCUGGGUGCCAAGCACUGUGUGAGGGGAGUGACCGAAGCUCACGUGGACCAGAAAAACAAGGUUGUCACGACCCCGGCCUUCAUGUGCGAGACAGAGCUCCACCACAUCCACGACGGAAUAGGGGCCAUGGUGAAGAAGGUGCUGGAACUCUGUGGGAAGUGACCACGCCGCAAGCCCUGUGUCCUCCACCAGGUGGAGCUGGUGGCCUGUUUUGCCCUGCAGCUUGCCACGGGGCAGGAAUUCACUUUUCCUUAGGUAUCUUCUGCGGGAAGAGGCAUCUUUGGGGUCAGGGGUGGAUUGGUGUGCGGCAUUCCAUCCACACUGCAGAGGCUGGGCUCCUUGUGUAACCUGAGACUAAAGUGGGGCCUGCUUUUUCAGGAAGAGAAUUGGGGGAGACGUCGCCCCACUGUCUCACGUUUGGCUGGCCUUAGGAUACUUGGUGUUUGGGAGGGAAGAAUUUGUUUGAGUUUUCGAAUCUAGUAGUUAGGAAGUCGAAUUUUCGUGCUUACUGGUAAUGAAAGUUGUCUGAGUCCGGGGAGAAUAAAGUGCUUUCCCAGAUGGACA